CGGUUCCCCUGCGCCGGGAAGCUGCUGCUCCCCCUCCUUGUGCACGCUGGGGUUUGCAGCAGUGGCGGCAGCCGGCACCGCCGAUUAGGACACUGGGGGAGCAAUUGAUUCGUCUGCUGCCAGCAACCCGGAGUUGCCUCUGCGGACGGCAGAGAGAGAGAGAGAGAGAGCGAGAGAGCGCACAAGCGAGCGAGCAAGCGACACAGAGGCUCAGGGAGCAGCAGCCUCCAUCCAUGUGGGGGGCAGUCUGCGGGAGCCACUGCCUGCCUUGCCUACGGACUGCUCAGAGUUUUCUCCGCUGGCAGUGGCACCUCCGCUGAGCUCGCAAACAAAGUCAUCGUUCCCAUCCGGCAGGCAAGGGAGGAGUUGGCACUGAUUCGGCUCACUGGUUCCCUCCACAACCCUCGGGUGUCUCGAGUGCUCGGCACAUCGUAGGCGCUCAAGAAAGAAGUAGCCGCUUGACUGGGUGACCUCUUCUCUGGGUUGGUAUUUUUCAGGGGCUCUGGGCUUCAGCCAUGACGGACACCGUGCUCAGCAGCACCUCCAACCGUUGGAUGUGUCCCAGCGACCGACCCCUCCAAUCAAAGGAGAAAGAACAGCUCCAGGCAGGCUGGUCCGUCCACCCGAGUGGCCAGCCCGACCGACAGAGGAAGCAGGAGGAACUGACGGACGAGGAGAAGGAAAUCAUCAACAGGGUCAUCGCACGAGCGGAGAAGAUGGAAGAGAUGGAGCAGGAGCGGAUCGGGCGCCUGGUGGACCACCUAGAGACCAUGAGGAAGAACGUGGCUGGGGAUGGGGUGGACCGCUGCAUCCUGUGCGGAGAACAGCUGGGGAUGCUGGGCUCGGCCUGUGUCGUGUGCGAGGACUGUAAAAAGGUGUGGAAGCGUUCUGGGGCAUGGUUCUUCAAGGGCUUCCCCAAACAAGUCCUCCCGCAGCCCAUGCCGAUCAAGAAGGCCAAACCCCAGCAGCCUGCCAGUGAGCCUGCGGCCCCUGAGCCGUCAGCCCCUGAGCCCAAGCACCCCGUCCGGGCUCCAGCUCGAGAUGACCCUGAAGACAGGAGGGGUCCAGGCCAGAAGGCAGGGCCCGAUGCGGCCCCCUCCCCUGGCCGGGGAAGCUACGGACCUCCCGUGCGCAGGGCCUCCGAGGUCCGAAUGAGUUCAGCCGCCCGAGAUGCAGACAGCUGGGACCACAGGCACGGCGGGACGGCCGGUGAUGCGAGCCAGAGCCCAGGAGGCUUGAGACGGGCCAACUCAGUCCAGGCCUCCAAGCCGGCUCCCACCUCUCUGCAGAGCCCAGCGCAACCUCAGCACGGGCAGCCAGGACCCCCGGGAGGCAGCAGACCUGGGCCUGGGCCAGCAGGACGCUUUCCGGAUCAGAGGCCAGAGGUGGCACCGUGCCAGCCUGGCUACCCAGGAGCCACAGCCCGUGAAGAGAGAGCAGGGGAGGAGGAGGAGGAAGCCAACAGCUAUGACUCGGAUGAAGCAACCACCCUGGGUGCCCUGGAGUUCAGCCUGCUCUACGACCAGGACAACAGCUCUCUGCAGUGCACCAUCAUCAAGGCCAAGGGCCUGAAGCCCAUGGACUCCAACGGCUUGGCGGAUCCCUACGUGAAACUGCAUCUCCUGCCAGGAGCCAGCAAGUCCAACAAGCUGCGCACGAAAACCCUGCGGAACACGCGGAACCCCGUCUGGAAUGAGACCCUCGUCUAUCACGGCAUCACUGAGGAGGACAUGCAGCGGAAGACCCUCAGGAUCUCCGUCUGCGACGAGGACAAAUUUGGCCACAACGAGUUUAUUGGUGAGACCAGAUUCUCUCUCAAGAAGCUGAAGCCCAACCAGAGGAAGAACUUCAACAUCUGCCUGGAGCGGGUCAUCCCAAUGAAGCGUGCUGGGACCACCGGCUCCGCCCGAGGCAUGGCCCUGUAUGAGGAGGAGCAGGUGGAGCGUAUUGGUGACAUCGAGGAGCGUGGCAAGAUCCUGGUGUCGCUCAUGUACAGCACGCAGCAGGGGGGCCUGAUCGUGGGCAUCAUCCGCUGCGUCCACCUGGCCGCCAUGGACGCCAAUGGCUACUCAGACCCCUUCGUCAAGCUCUGGCUGAAACCGGACAUGGGAAAGAAGGCCAAGCACAAGACGCAAAUUAAGAAGAAAACCUUGAACCCCGAGUUUAAUGAGGAGUUCUUCUAUGACAUCAAGCACAGUGACCUGGCGAAGAAGUCACUGGACAUCUCAGUCUGGGACUACGACAUCGGCAAGUCCAAUGACUACAUCGGAGGCUGCCAGCUGGGGAUCUCGGCCAAGGGAGAGCGCUUGAAGCACUGGUACGAGUGUCUGAAAAACAAGGACAAGAAGAUCGAGCGUUGGCAUCAGCUGCAGAAUGAGAACCACGUGUCGAGCGAUUAGUGGGGCCGGCCCCGACGCCAGGCCCCCAGGCCCCUCUAGCCUGCCCCCUGCCCCCUGGUCUCUCUUCCCAGGGCCUCCAGCCCUGCCCCACCCCUGCCUGGGAGGCCUCCCCCUUGCCCUGCUGUGUAAACUCCAGAGCAGCCCCGCCCCACCGGGUCCCUGGAGGAGGGAGCGCUGUGGGCGGAGCCCACUGGGCAUUCAUGUAAUCCCUGCGUAGGUCCCCUAGAUUAGAGUUUUUCAGAACUGUUUCCGGACACUUCUGGCCUUGAACCCACUCCCCCAGCCCCAGCCCCAGCCCCCGUCCCCAUUAGUGUGGCCCAUGUGGCGUCCGUGUCUGCCCUCGAUCAGGAGGUCCGUGGACCAGGCUGGGUGGACGGGCAGGCUCUGGGGCCAUUGCUCUUCCAAGACAAGCGAAACAAAGUCAUCCACUGGACUUGGCCUCCUGGUGAGCGUGUGGGUGUAGCGCUGUGCCCGCAGGGGUUUCCGUGCGCGCAAGAUUGUCAGGCUUUUCUUAUGAGGCACCUCCACGGAACUGCAAGCCGCCAACCUUCGGUUAGCACCUGAGUGUGGUGAUGGUUGGCACCACCCAGGGGGACUCCAUCCUUCACAACACGUGCCUGCCGGCCCCUUCCUCCCCACCCCCCAAGAUCGUGGCCAGGGAAAGAGGCCAGGGUACUGAAACUGUCUGAGGACUAGGACCCCACUCCUUGUUCCAAAGGGAUGUAGAAUAUGCAAAACAAUCUUCUCUCCACCUUCCAGGGGUCCCCUGUUUUGCUUCCUAGACAAGAAAUGAGUUACUGGUUCUCUCCCACCUCGUCCUCCCUCCACUCUCUUCCUUCCUCCCCUCUGCAUUCAGGUCUCCCCUUGCUUCCUCACCCUCGCCCCUCCUCCCUCCACGUCUCCCUGCCUCUCUCCAAGCUCGCUACAUGUUUCCUAAGGGGAGGAUACAAGCAAAAAGAAAAGUAUUCUCUCUGGACCAGCCUGACCACAGAUUCAGAAAACUGCGAAUCUCCAAGUCCCCGUAGGCUCUCUAAAACCACUGCUUCUUCUAAAGGCAAAGCCUGCGCCCCUCGGGCCAUGGGCUAACUGCUGAAGCCACCCCACGUGGCACUUCCCCGGAAUGGGGGUAGGCACGUCCACGGAGGGACACACGUAGCUCUGGCCUCCCCAAGUGGGCCUAGGAGGCAUGGAAGAGACACUGCACCCCCAGCACCCCAUCCUCCUCCUUCCUCCGCUCCUUAGUUCAAUAACACACUUUCCGAGCUGCCGCUCUGACUCUCAUGCCUGUGUCUGACUCUGGACCACCUUCUCUCCCCUUCUCUCUCUCUCUCUCUCCAUCUCGUUCACUCUCUUGGUCUCUUUCUGUCUCUUACCCUCUCUGUACCAAGUUGGUUUGGAGAAGGAAGCCCCCUCCUGGAUGGAACCCUUUAGAGAGUGGCCAAGAGACUUCGACACCAAAGGCUAGUCCCCGGCGCCCAUCACAAACUACUCCCUCUCUUCCUCAAGACAAGGAAGCCUGGGAGAGGAGACCACAGGUUACAUAUUGGAGGACUGAGAGAACGAAGUGGUUUUCCCACGUCCCAGCCAUCACCACCGCACUCUUAAGAAGAUCACCAGAGGCUGCUAGUAAACUCCUUUCUUCUGCCAGUCUUGAGAGGGUUAGCCUGCCCUCCUGCCCAGCUCCCUGUGUAAUUCAUCAGAAGACACCGACAUCCCGACACCUUGACCUACCGUUUUUCUAAAGAACAAGCUCUUCCCUCCCCCCCAGGUGGCCAGCAGCCUCCCGGCCUCCAUCUUUCCUCUGGGCCCUCCCUCUCCCCAUGUUGCCCCAGCCCCUGCCCCCUCUCAGCGUCCCUAGGAGAAAGCAUGCUGGCUGCGUUGCCUGAGCCUGACACGGUGUUGGCACUGGAAUAAGCAUGUGCGCGCUCUCGGCGCCCUGGCGGGGGGGACGCGCUCGCCCGAGCCUUGUAGCCACCUCCCAGCCUAGCAUAGACACCCCCUUCCGGUGCAUGCGGAACCGGCCACCGCCUCUCUCUGUGAUGAUGUAGCCACAAAUAAAGUAGGACUAUCCUGGA